CUUAAAAUAUUUUUCUUGAAAAAACAGAUUUAAGGGAACGUACAGGAUCAUUGGCUGAAAAGAUCGGAGAUUAAUAUCCUGAAGAAAGGAUUCCGACUGAUUACAAAGGGAUUUAGAUACAGGGUUUAUUACGGAGAAGCUGUGGGAUUCCUGUGUUUGACUAUUUCUGGAUUUUUAUGAUCUGUUUGAUAAGUUAAAAAUUUGAUCAGUGGAGAUAUCAUUAACAGGGAAUUUAAAAAGUUAGUGUCACAGGACCGAGCAUCGUAACAUCAUGGAGUAUAAUUCACCUCUGGUCAAACAAAACCGGCUGCAAAUUUUCAAAGGGGUCAAAAGAUCGGUGACGUUUUCAAUGGGUCAAAACGUGUCCAAUAAACCAGUGGUCAAACGUAGAGGAAAUGAUGACAAAAAAGUUUCAAGACAUGCCAGUUUUCUGGGAAUAGGGCGGACAAAAGUUCCUAUGACCAGAAAAGAUCCCUUCCAGUUGGAUAACCAUGUUCAAUUGGAGCACAUCACACACAUUAGUAAAUCAACGCCUGUCCUAAGAAGUCACUCAUUUGGGGGUGGUCUAGUCAUGAAGGCCCACCACGACAUGCAGCAUACCCCCUCUGGGGCACCUGUUCUAGGGGAGACGUUCCGUGCCCGGGGACAAUGGAGCCUCCAUAAAAACACCUCUACCUCCAAGUCCAGUCCCGGCAUCAGCUUCCGGAAAUCACCAAAGAUGCCAAAAGUGCCAAGACCAAACCGGACUCUACUGAUGUUUGAGAGUGUUAAAAAUGGAAUAAGAGAAUUUAUCCAGGCCACUAGGGAAGACAUUGAGGCUCUACAUUCCAGAACUGUUGACCAGACCACUACAUCUCAAGGAAGAUUAUUGGAGACAGACAAGCAAAUCAAAGCUGCUGAGAGGUAUAUGAAGAGAUUAGAAUUCCACCUGGCCAAGAUAGAAGAACUCCAUGACCAUUAUCGUGUUCAGCAACAAAUGAGAGAAGGCACUAGAACAAUGCAGAGAGCUUUCACUGUGUCGCCCCACCGAAAGAAAGACUCAAUGGAGAGAGUUCGAUAUGGUCUCAAGGAGUGCUCCCAGACUAUGUGCUCCAUAGAGGCCCAACUUGAAGCCAUGAUGGGGACUUUCUCUUGUAAACUCAAAGGAAUGGCUGGAUUUGCACGACUCUGUCCUGGGGAUGUUUUUGAAAUUGUGAUCAAACAUGGUACACAGAAAUGGAAGUCAAAAGGAAGGAUAGAGAAGAAUGGGACACAGAAAUGGGAUAAUCCAGACUUUAAGUUUAAAGCUGUCAUUGGGGACGUUUUUAAUAUUAAGGGCAUUGAGUUAAGGCUGCUCAAGUCAGUGACGCUUGGUCAGAAGAAAUGUGAAACCAAGGAUUUGUUUUCUGCCAAUCCACAGCUGAUGACGGUCAGCAUUAACACAAAUGGCUCGCUCAAACUCAGUGUUAUAAUUAUCUGGAACCCUUUGGAUGGUGUGGAGGAGACAAUGCCUUAUUUCGAUGUUCCUCUUCGGCAGCCGAGCGCACCUAGAAGGCGACCUGUGUCUGUUAUGGCACUUAAUGGAGAACUGACACAGAGUGACUUCCUUGGGCCUGAGAGAAGAUAUUCUAACCCUGUCAGUCUGACACAAACAAAAGACGAUAAUUUCAUCCUCAGAACUUCAGCUCCUCCUACUGCACACACCUCACCCAAUCACUAUGGAAACCAUUUAUCCAGCCAAUCAAAUGUCCUGUACUUGCCUGGUGCUUCCCCACAAUUCAUGAAUACCCAUUCUCCUCCAGUGACUUCAAAACUUGUUGCCCCACGGCAACAGAUUCCUCAGAGAUAUACUGUGUCGCAACCAAACUUAAACUCGGGGUUGGGAACCUCCCCCACCCCCAGCAGAAUUCCACAGUUUCUGUCUAGUGGCUCUCAUGAUACUUAUGGAAAUAUGCACUUUAAUGUGGCUAUGGGACAUGGAAUUACAUUGACUAAGGAUGAGCCCAUACAUAUUGAGGAUGCUCUGAAUAGUUUGAGUGCAAGUCUGGAGGAUUACCAUGGGCAAUAUAGAGAGCUGGAGAAGUUAGAAGAUGUGGUGGUCAUGUUGGAACAAGUUCUUCGAAAAGAGUCUAGGUGCAGUUCUCGGACAGGCAGUAUAUGUGUGUCUGUACAAGAUGCCCUCGGUGCUUUCGAUUUCCUGGAUACUGAGGUGACAGAGGAAGGGGAGACAAGUCAGGAAUCUACAAUUUUUGACAAUGUGAUGUCUAGUCCUGAGUCUACAGCUAAGACUGCAGAUUCCGGCAUUGAGUCACUGGCCAAGCGGUUGUCGGAGGACACUAACCUGGGUUCCAGUGAAGGUUCAAGUCCUCUUCCACCCAGCACUGGAAAUGAACAUGUGGAUCAAGCCCUUGUGUUUCAUCUGGUUUAUUGUGAAAGACUGCUGGAGAGUUUAGGAAGUUUUGGACCCCUAAAAUGCAGGGAGAUUUAUGCUCUGGACAGACUACAGAAGCAAGCUGAGAUUAUAGAACAUUUAAUAAAGAUCUCACAGUCAUCUGAUAUUAAUCUUCAUGCAAUUAUGGCAGAGCUCAGUGAUGAUAAAAGUUUACGUGAAUUCUGGGUGAGGUGUACAGACACAAAUGUUCUCUAUAUUCACCCAGAGAAACUUGUAGGUGCCUUCGAACAAAAGUAUGGAGCACAACUUCAGAGUAAAUACAGCAGGGAUCCUAAGAAAGUGUUGAGACAUUUGGUGAUGAGAAUCUUAGAUGUUCCCAGCUAUGACCCAGAGAAGGUCAAGGCCACAUGCAUAGUCACGCUUCACCAGUUUCUGCAGUAUUUCAAAGAUGAGGGAGGCUUACAAAAUGUAGAUGCUGUUGCUGCAGAAUUACAAAUGAUUGAAAAACUCUGCUCUGGUAAAACAGAGAGUAUAAUUAAGUGUGUGAUGUCCCUCAAAGGAAGCUUUCCCCCUGCACCAUGCCUCAAAGUAAUGGGGGCUCUGUUGAUCAGUGGCAGUAAUGAGGUGGCCAGGACAGUAGAGUCCUACUUAGAAGACAUCGCAAAAACAAAGGAGUUCAGAGACAAGGCAUUACUGGUAUUUGUGGAGGGCUUGGAGGACAAGACACCAGAGAUCAGGGCUGGAGCCUGUGAAGCUCUGGGCAAACUAGAGGCAUCAGAGAGUAUAGCACAGCUUUCCUAUCUCUGUCAGACGGACACCUCUACGGUGGUCAGGGUCAGGUCCAAACAAGCCCUCUUCUCUUUUGGUGAAGUUGGUCGACAUGCAUUCGAAGAGAUUCAACUGUCUACCCAUGGCUUCCAAGGAUUGCAGGUCAGAAAGUAGGUCAACUGAGGACACAAAAGUCAAGCUCCCCUCCCCCCCUGCCCAAAGCCAUGGGGCUCUCUUAAGACAAAAUGAUUGUUGAGUCUGGACAAGGAUAAAAUCAUCCCCGGAUCCAGUUCAUAAGAAAGAGGAGGAAAACAGAAAGGCAUCUAUUACAGAGGAUUAUUUAUUAGUGUCAUGAGAAUACAAAAUUGGAUCCAUUUUGCCACAAAAAAAUGGAACAGACUAGUUGGC